AUGGAGAAGUCAUCAUCCUUGGGUAGCGCGAUACAGCCUUAUGCCCUGUCUCCCUACGGUCGGUUUCCGCUCCCCGGCGAUCAAUUCCACUUCAUUCCCUGCACUAAUGCGACCUUACUGCCCGCGCUCGAUGAUUCUAACCCAGUCCGGAGCUGGGCUCAUCUUUUCGACCCGAAUCCUGAACACUGGAGCUGGGGGGCACCGAUAGCAGAGCAGAACGUCCGGGGCAGAGAUCCGUAUUCCGAACGGGGGAUCUAUCUUUGUGGUUACCUUGAUGUUCCCUUAGAUUACACCAACAAGUCUGAAUCUCGUAUUGUUCGGCUCGCAGUAACCAAAUAUCAAGUCUCGGGUCUUGCGCGUGUUGAUACGGCGCAACCUAGCUCUUCAACCGUGGGAACCAAGAGCGAACGGACCAUCAUUGUUGAUCCUGGAGGUCCGGGCGCGAGCGGCACAUCGCUAGUCUGGAGAGCUGCAGAGAAUCUCACGAAGCGUUUGAGCGAUGGCAAGUUUGACAUCUUGGGAUGGGAUCCGCGAGGUGUCAACGCGUCAUUGCCUUCUAUAGCAUGCUUCCCUUACGACGCCCUUAGGGACCGCUGGUCCAUGCUGACGGGACAAUACCGCGAGGCGGCCGGAUCACCUGAAGUUAAACUUGAACUCGCAGACGCUAUGAACAAUGCUACAUUUUAUGCUUGUAAGGAAAAAUAUGGCGAUAUUCCCCGGUUUCUUAGCACGGCCUUCGUUGCGCGUGACAUGGAAGAAAUUCGUAAAGCGCUCGACGAAGACGAAGUAACUGGCUAUCUCGUUAGCUAUGGCACCAGCAUCGGCCAAACAUACGCUAAUAUGUUUCCAAAUAGCGUGGGGCGCUUGAUUCUAGACGCUCUGGAAUAUAUUCGUGAACAUCGUCAACUCGGCGGUUUUGGGUGGGCAGCGCUGGACAAUACUACUGAUGUCUGGCAUGACGGAUUUCUAGGCGAGUGUGUCAACGCCGGUCCAAAAUACUGUGCCUUGUCACAGCCUAGAAACUCAGAACCCGUAUCGCUACAGAACUUAGAGAAUCGAAUGCAAAGCUUGCUGGUCUCACUUAGCCAGCGACCCAUCACGGGGUAUCUCCAAUCGAGCGGACCUUCUCUCGUUACAUACUCAGCUAUCGUAUCUGCCAUAUAUGGCGCCUUACACAAUGCUAACAGUUGGCCUGCCCUGGCCCAGAUGUUAUACGAACUAGAAGAAGGAAAUUCGACACUAGCUACAGCUUUUCUUGAACAUUCGGAAUGGGAGUAUCACCCUUCAAUCCCAGGUCCGACCUCCCCUCAACCUCAGUCCCGCGAGCUAGGCCCCUUAGUUAUCUGCGCAGAUUCAUAUGAUGCUCCCUUGCCGCCAGAUGGCCUGCUCUGGUGGCAAUCGCUUUGGGCCAACAUGACCACCCGGUCUUGGAUAUCAGGGAACGAGGAGUUCUUUAGCGUUCUCCCCUGCCAACAUUUUCGCAGCUACUGGCCUCCGCCCGCUGAACUCUACCGAGGAGACCUAAACCACACGCUCAAGAACCCCUUGCUGCUAAUUGCGGAGACACACGACCCGGCGACCCCCUUACGGAACGGAAAAAACCUUUUGAAUGAAAUGGGCAAGAAUGCUAGGUUGAUUGUUCAUCACGGCUAUGGGCAUUCUUCUAGGGAUAGAUCUAGCUGCACUGACUCCAUCAUACUAGCAUUCAUCCUCAACGGCACCCUGCCUAUAGAGCAAGAAACACCUUGCUACGCAGACGGGAAGCCAUAUCUUUAUAGAUUCGAUACGACGGAGUUUAACAUGGAGAGUGCUGUAGCUCGAGACCCGAUUCAGUUAUGGCGAGAGCAUAUCCAAGAGCUGGCAUUAUGGAACCCAAGGCUGGUUCCUAGAAGAUGA